GUGACUGCAAAAUGCAUUCGUGUAAAUAUGAUAACAUUCUAGCUAGCUUGCUAACUGGCCUUGUCUACGUUCUGAAUAUAUUAGUACGCUAGCUCGCAAUUAUUUGAUUAUUUCUAUCAGCAGCUGAUCGCGAGUUAGCAAAACCUAACAACUUGCAAGCCUGCCCCAGGCUAGCAAAUUUCAUGUGAGCAAUAAAAGUUUAUGCGUAUGCUGGUAGUUGGCUAGUUUAUUGUCGACAAAGAAUGCAAUAUUCUGCACAGUUUGCAUGGACAAUAUACUACGCAUGCAACUUAGAUCGCCAGCAAGUUCAAGAUGCAUUUUUUAUAUAACCUAUUCACAAGACGUUAGGGAUAUUGCAGUGAUAGAGUUAGCUGGCUGUCGAUCUUAACUGAUUUGAGCCGGAAAUUAUUGUUGCAUGCUCUGCAGCGGGUGGACAGGGAAUUGGGUGUCAAGAGGUUUUUUCUUCACCGCACGUUUUUAUUUUUGCUGCAUUUCACUUUUUAAAACCAUGGCAACUGAAUGCGAGGCAUGGCUUAAUGCUAACCCAGUAGAGGCGGACGACCUGAGCGACUCUUUUCUCUCCGGCGACGAGGAGAGAGGGGUCGUCCGGAAGGUUGACAACGAGAUCAACGGGAACUGGAUCGCCGCUCCCACGUCGUCCAUUCAUGAGGCCAGGGUGAAGGCCAAGGCCAAGAGGAGGCUGAGGAAGAACUCCUCCAGGGACUCUGGCCGGGGGGACUCGUUGAGCGACAAUGGGGACAGCACCCGUGGCCCUCUUGUACCUCCCACCAGCCCCAAGGGCAAACUGCUGGACAGAAGGUCUCGAAUGGGCAAAGGGAGGGGCUUGCCAAAGAAAGGUGGAGCGGGGGGUAAAGGUGUCUGGGGACCACCAGGAGAGGUCUACGACCUUGAGGAGGUGGACGUCAAAGACCCAAAUUAUGAUGAAGACCAGGAAAAUUGUGUGUAUGAGACCGUGGUGUUGCCUCUGGAUGAGAAAGACUUUGAGAAGACGGUAACACCAAUCGUGCAGGAGUAUUUCGAGCACGGGGACACCAGUGAAGUGGCGGAGCUGCUGGCGGAGCUGAACCUGGGCCACAUGAGGAGCGGGGUGCCCAUGCUGGCCGUGUCCCUGGCCCUGGAGGCCAAGGCCAGCCACAGGGAGCUGACGUCCCGGCUGCUGUCGGACCUGUGCGGGCGGGUGCUCUCCCUCCGGGACGUGGAGACCGCCUUCCACAAGCUGCUGCGCGAGCUCCCGGACCUGGUGCUGGACACUCCGGGGGCGCCGCAGCUUGUUGGCCAGUUCAUUGCUCGAGCAGUCAGGGAUGAAAUCCUGUCCAAAAGUUACAUUGAGAGCUACAAAGGGAAAGUGGACUGUGAGCAUGCAAGGGCAGCGCUGGACAGGGCGACCGUGUUGCUGAAGAUGAGCAGGGGGGGACUCCGCAUAGACAACCUCUGGGGAUCGGGCGGGGGCCAGAGACCUGUCACCCAGCUCAUCAAAGAGGUUAAUCUGCUUCUGAAAGAGUAUCUUCUAUCUGGAGAUGUGGUGGAGGCAGAGAGAUGUUUGAGAGAGCUGGAGGUUCCGCACUUCCACCAUGAGUUUGUCUAUGAGGCAAUAGUCAUGGUCUUAGAGUCUAAAGGGGACAAAAUAUUCAAAAUGGUUCUGCAGUUGCUGAAGUUCCUGUGGGAGUCCUCUGUGAUCACUGUGGACCAAAUGAGAAGGGGGUAUCAAAGAGUUUACAUGGAAAUAGCAGAAAUCAACAUUGAUGUACCCUGCGCGUAUGCUGUAUUGGAGCAGUUUGUGGAGAAGAGUUUCAGCGCUGGUAUUAUAGACAAAAGAAUGAGGGACCUCUGUCCUUCUCGAGGUCGCAAGAGAUUUGUGAGCGAAGGGGAUGGCGGUCGUCUUAAACUGGAGAGCUACUGAGCACAAACUCUGGGAACCAUGUGCCAGGAGUAUUCAGAUAACUGGAGCUCAUUUGUACAAUUCAGAUAUUUGUCAUAACGGUUUGGGUACCAAACACUCCUUUCAUUGAUAAAGAAUGUACAUUUUUGGGGAAAUAAAAAAAAAAAUGUGGGGGUGGGGGGGUGUUCUGGAAAUUAAAGGUACUUUUUCUUUUUUUCUGUUAGGAGGUAAAUGUAAGCAUACCUGACCGACGUCUGCAAAUAAGCUAACUCAAAGUGCCAGACCUUUUCAAUGACGUAGUCAUUCCAUGUUUUUUUUGUAUUGAUUUUUUUUCCCCCACUGCCACUCCCUUUUCCCUGACCGUAGUGUUUGUACAAGAGUCACUGGUUUUGUGUAUAAAGCUUUAUAUUAAAGGGGGGGGGGCACAUUUGUUCAGAGCAGUUACUCCCCUUAUAAGCUGCUAUUGUUUAUAGAUGCUGUGCUUGGAAUUUUUCACUGUACGGAAGGCAAAACUGAAGGCAACAGGACGCAGAGCAAAGGAAACCAGUGAGGGUCCGUUUCACAAAAUGGUGUCCAGAAUGUUUAUUUUUAUAUUUUAACACUGGUGAGUGAAAUGUACCCAGUCUUGCUCGCUGUUUAUGUUCAAAACAUGAAAUGAACUGCAAAUAAAUAAAUAAAUAAUGA